AUGAACUCAACAUCGACAACUAGACAGGAACUCACUACAGGACAGAUGAACUCAACAUCGACAACUAGACAGGGACUCACUACAGGACAGAUGAACUCAACAUCGACAACUAGACAGGGACUCACUACAGGACAGAUGAACUCAACAUCGACAACUAGACAGGGACUCACUACAGGACAGAUGAACUCAACAUCGACAACUAGACAGGAACUCACUACAGGACAGAUGAACUCAACAUCGACAACUAGACAGGAACUCACUACAGGACAGAUGAACUCAACAUCGACAACUAGACAGGAACUCACUACAGGACAGAUGAACUCAACAUCGACAACUAGACAGGAACUCACUACAGGACAGAUGAACUCAACAUCGACUCGUAAUGCGUUAUAA